AUGUUUAUUUCUACCAUUGCCAUUGUAGCGGCACUUGCUGCUGCUAUUUCGGCUACUCCAAUCGCUUCUGCUCCAAAUCCCAAUCUUUCUUACAUCUACCGCAGAUCAAUUGAAAAGAAUCUUCCUUAUUAUUUCCCAAGUUCUUUUUCUAAGCAUCUGUCGCUGCAAUCUCCAGGUGCAAGUCUUACAGGCAGUUCAUCUUUGGCACCGGAAGAUCAAACUCUGACCGAGUUUCUUGCUGACAAAUUUGGUCUGGGCAAAUCUGAAUUCAAAAUUUCCAACAAUUUUACCGAUGCGUCUGGCACAAACCAUCUUUACGGCACUCAAAUAACCGAAAAGGGUGUUCCCAUCAGUAACCAUCAAUUUUCUGUUCAUAUCGACUCCAAUGGUAAAAUUGUUAGCUACUCUUCGUCUUUUGGUACUGACCAGCACCUGGAAAAGCGUAGUUUAAACAUGGCUCAGCCUAUCGCGAAAGUAUCUCUUGAAGAUGCAAUCAAGACUGCCGUCGAUGCUGUUGGCGUUCCUUAUUUCAAGGAGUCUGGAUCCUCCAUGGAAUAUGUGCAUCUUCCUGGUGGGAACAUUGCUUUCGCUUACAAAUUUGGACUGCGAGAUGAUCCUGUCACAAAAUGGUUUACUGUUUGGGUUAACGCCGAAACUGGUGAACUUGUCAAUGUGGUCGACUACUCCACCAAGUUCUCCUACAACGUCAUACAGGUUCCUAAUACUAGUCCAGAUCAGGGUUUCAGCAUUGCUAAAGAUCCCGAAUUCGCUGGUUCUUCUCCCAAUGGCUGGACCGAUGGUAGUCGAACCUCUGGAAAUAAUGCCAAUGUUGCUGACGAAAACAAUGGUCAACAAGGUGUUGGCCAAGGUGGCAUUUUCAACACCAAUUUUGAUGCACAAUCUGAUCCCCGCACCCCCGAAAAUUCCCAAACCAGUACUGUCAAUCUGUUCUAUAUUUGCAAUCUUAUGCAUGACAUCACCUAUCAAUAUGGUUUCACCGAGAAAAAUGGCAACUUUCAAGACGACAACUUUAACAAAGGUGGCCAAGGUGGUGAUGCUGUCAAGGUCAACGCUCUCAGCACUAGCGGUACUAACAAUGCCAACUUUUUGACUCCUCCUGAUGGAAGCAACGGUAUAAUGAACAUGUUCAGAUUCACCAGCACCGAUCCCGGUCGUGAUGGUGGUCUUGAGAACCCUAUUCCUCUGCACGAGUAUAUGCACGGUGUUUCUAGUCGUCUUACUGGUGGAUCUGCUACUGCACAAUGUCUUCAAACUACCGAGUCGGGUGGCAUGGGUGAAGGAUGGAGCGACUGGAUUGCUCUUGCCAUUAUUGCCAAACAAGGCGACAAAGAUGUAGACCCUGUCGCUGUUGGUACUUUUGUCACCAAUUCUCAAAAGGGUAUUCGAAGCCAUCCUUACUCUACCGAUACUGGAGUCAAUCCCCUAAAGAACAGCGAUCUUGCGCGUCGCAAUGAGGUGCACGAUAUUGGCGAGGUUUGGACAACCAUGCUCUGGGAGGUCUACUGGAACUUGGUCAACAAAAAUGGAUUCAGCGCCAACUUGUUUGAUGCAAAACAAAAGGCAGGAAACAUCAUGGCAAUCCAACUUGUUAUGGGUGGACUAAUGCUCCAGCCUUGCAAUCCCACUUUUAUUGAUGCAAGAGAUGCGAUUAUUCAAGCUGAUCAACAGUUUUACCAAGGUGCCAACAGAUGCGAGAUUAUCAAAGGGUUUUCUAAGCGUGGUCUUGGGCCAAAUGCUCAAAGUGGAUCUGACGACUUUUCGGUUCCUGCCGACUGUGGUGGAACUGGCCAAAAUACUCCACCUCCAAGUACUGGUGGUACAGACCAAACUGGCGGUACAAGCAAAACUGGCGGUACUGGCAAAACCGGUGGUAAAGGCAAAACUGGCGGUACUGGCAAAACCGGUGGUAAAGGCAAAACUGGCGGUACAAGCAAAACCGGUGGUAAAGGCAAAACUGGCGGUACAAGCAGAACCGGUGGUACUGGCAAAACUGGCGGUAGAGGCAAGACUGGUGGCAGAGGCAAGACUGGUGGCAGAGGCAAAACCGGCGGUAGAGGAAAGACUGGCCGCAAGGGCAAAACUACCAAGCGCACCACCCGAACACGUCGCACUACCACAACUACUACUGGUGGAUCCUUACCAGCAUUCCCUAAUUUGGGCGAGGACCAGAUCUUCAGCGAUCUACCCAGAGCACACAUACGCGAUUAG